AUGGCGAACCUCACUCCAGCUCACCAAAAAACCCCGCGAUACAACUGCAAUAAAUGUUCCAAGAUAUUUACAGCCAAUCACAACCUCAAUAUUCAUACAAGGAUGGUGCACAAGGAUCUAGAGAGAUGCCCGCUCUGUCACAGCGUGGUCAAGAACCUGGUACAACAUAAUACCAGAUACCAUGCGAAUGUCAGCAAGGGAAGAAGGCAGUGCCAAUACUGUUUUAGAUGGUACAUACGGAUUUGUGCGCAUAAAUGCUCUCGGCAAAGUCACCGUAGUUCAUACGUACCAAUAGCUUGUGCGUUGCUCCGUACUGCGGAAGAUCUUGAGCCAUUGCAAGUUUCUUCAUCAAGAGUUUCCCUAAACCGUCUCCCGAGCACUCCCAUCUUAUGUCCACAGCAUUUAAGGAGUAGAUCAGUCUCCUUGCUGUCUUUGAACAACACUGAUCUGACAUAUCAAAUUUCAUCUUCCAAGCUACCUUGCAAUGACGUCUCGUCACCAUCUAAGUGGGCACGCCUAGAUUUUCUGAUGGAUAUGAUGGUACCAUUGGACCCAACAAAGGGCUCACCCGACCUGAUAUCGAUGUAUCCACAUGGUAUCAAUGACACUAUCUCCAUAUCUCCGACUCUAUUACCAUGCAACAAGGAGUUCGCCUCAACCUCUUCGCCUCAACGAACUUUGGAUACUGAUUUACCGGAUUACGACAUCCAGGUGCCUAGUAUUGAAUCUUGCGAUGCAGAUCAUCCAUCUGCCGAAGAACCAACAAUAACUGAAACCGGCUUCCAGUGGAUGACAUGGGAGGAGUACAUGAGUUGCAAUUUUAAUACACUAGAGCAGUGGUUAUGA